AUGAACUUAUUUGAAGAAAAAAAACAAAAAUCCUCGAAACCCUAAUGGCCAAUCCAUCCACCGAUGAUGAAAUCGAUCAUUAUUCACCUUCUUCCACCGUCAUCUCAUUCGACCCUCCUCUUCCGCUUCUCCGAGGACCUCUUCCCGCCGGCGAUGAAUCAAGCGGAGGUCCCUACGUUCUCGCUUUCCGUAACACUGAAUCCUGGGCCAUAGCAUACAAAGACACCAAAUCCAAACUCAUUCAACAAUGCGAAGCCGGAUCUCGAAUCGGCUGUUCAAUUAGCGCAUCCAGUAACUGUAAGCCUCCAUGGUGGAAGUUUCUGUUUUCCGGAGGAGUCGAAGACUUCGCUGAAAGAGAGAGAUGCGAGGAACGAGAAAUUGAGAGGUGUUUGGAUGCCGCGAAAGGAAAUUGCGAAAAGUAUGCUGAGAAUAAGUGUGGUAUGGCUUUUAGGGAUGCUCGAAUUGCUGUUGUUAAGGAUCGGAAGACGAACUGGAAAGAAGCUUCGAAGGUUAUUUUGUGGAGUUCAUUGCCAUUGACGGCUUCUCUGUUGUUGGAUUUAUACAGGGUGGAUGAUAGUUGGAAUGAGUUUAGAAGUAGAGUGGAGGUUACUAGUUUCAGAGGGAAUGAUUAUUUGAAAUUGAAAUCAGAAUCAGAAUCAGUAAUUACAGAAGAAAAUGGAGAUAAGCAAAAGUGAAAGAUACAAUCUUUUCUCUUCUUCAAGAAACUGUUUAC